AGAGAGAGAGAGAGAGAGAGAGAAAGAGAGAGAGAGAGAAAGAGAGAGAGAGAGAGAGAGAGAGGGAGAGAGGCCCACACGCGCGCAGUGAGGAUCAGCUGAUCGGAGCUGCUGGAUGUUUCUGUCGAACACACCGACAUCAACUGACAGACUCGGAGCUGGAAUCUGUGAAGAACGUCGGCGACUCUGAACAUGAUCGGAUCAGGCUGAAGAACGGACACAGACAUGAUCCCAUAUUCUCCCUGAGGAACGGACCAAUCAGACGCCAGGAUGAUGCCUAAGCAGCUGGCUCAGACAUCUCCAGGGAGUGUGUUGUCACUGAGAGGGUCCAGCGUCCCAGGAUCCCCCGCUGCCGCCAUCGUGGCGCGGGUGGAUGACGGCGUGAUCGGCUACAAGGACUUGGCGGCGCUUCCCAGAGACAAAGCGAUUCUGGACAUCGAGCGACCGGAUCUGAUGAUCUACAGCUACAGUCCAUUGGAGAGAUCCUUGUCUCCUCGCUCCCUCUCUCCUCCUCCCUCCCCAGAGAACCUGUGGCUGGAGAACCGCUCCCCUCGGAGUUCCUCUCCCGGUUCCACCGUCCAGACCAGCAGAACAGACAGCGCACACACACCACACACACCACACACACCACACACACCACACACACCACACACACCACACACACCACACACACCACACACACACUCCUCUGUUGCCAAGAGCAGCAUGCCGCACUUCCACCGGCCUGAAAAUGGUUCCAACAUCUACAAGAAGCCUCCAAUCUACAAACUAGACGUGUCGUCCUCCGUCCCUCAGGGGAAACACAUCGAGGACUUGAUCAUCGAGUCGUCUAAGUUUCCAGCGGCUCAGCCUCCAGAUCCAAACCUGCCGUCGAAGAUAGAGACCGAGUUCUGGCCCUGCCCCCCCUCGCUGGCUGUGAUCGAGAAGGAGUGCAGGAGGCAGGAGCAGAGGGAUGAUGAAGAGGAGGAGGAUGAAGUGUGGAGUCUCCGAGUUCUUCAGAAACAAGAACUCAACAAGAUUCAGUCAAAUCUGGGAAAAAUCAUCCUAAAGGAGGAGCUGGAGAAAUGUUCUGCUCCUCUGAGGAGGAAGACUCGCUCCCUGCCGGACCGCAGCCAGAACACAGGGCCCGACGCCUCCAGGUCUGUGUAUUUUCCCGCCUCCUCUAAGUCCGGCCUCUCCCGGCUGCAGUCGACAGAGUUCAGCUCCUCCCACAAAACUCCCGCAGAACGGAGACUCCAGGAUGGACAGAGGAAACUCGCUGCCCAGCAUGUUGGAGCACGAGAUUUACCCCUACGAGGUUCUGGUGGUGACUCACAGAGGACGAAGCAAACUGCCCCCUGGUGUCGACAGAACCCGACUGGAGAGACAUCUCUCUCAGGAGGAGUUCCUCAGCGUUUUCCGGAUGACCAUCGAGGAGUUCGACCGACUCUCUCUCUGGAAGAGGAACGACAUGAAGAAGAAGGUCUGCCUCUUCUGACGGCCGCCGGGACUCCGCCUCCCACAAUCCCCUGCAGGAUCCUGAAACCACGAACAAAACGUCAUCAUCAUCAUCAGAGCCGCGGCGGCGUGUUCAAGUCUCGGGCUUCAGGUUUGACGUCGACCCUGAUGAGACUUAAGUUCACUGACUGCGGCGCGAGAGGAUAGAAGAAUGUGUGGGCGGGGCUUAAGAGCGCGAGGGACGGAGCCUGAGCAGCGUUUGGACAGAGAUCAGAGUUUGAGUGUCUCCUUUAAGAUUAACGACUUCCUGUUUGAAGGUUUUACUAAAAACUCCUGAGGAAAAUGAGAUGAAUUCAGGAUUUACCGAGCAAUAAGUUCCAUGAUGCAUUGAGAGAACGAGACGGAAUUUAUCACCUGUCGCACAAAAUGUCAGAACUUCUCUGAUCAACUUUAACUGCAAAAGCAUCAAGAGGAAGAAAGUAAAAGAAUUUUUUUUUGAUUAAUUAAAGAUCGUUCAGAGAGAAGAAAAUAAAAAUCAGCUCAAAUAGAAUCAGAAUCUAAAUAUGAGGGUAAAAAUUUCAGAGACAGAAAUUAAUUUUAAGAAAGCCUAGACAAACGAGGACAGAGAGAAAAGACAAGUCCUAUAAAUAUCUCUGGGUGAAGGGGGAGUGGUUUCGGACACGACCUUACAUCACAUUAGUGAACUGCGUCUCCACUCGGCUCUGGUUCGCCCAAUCAGCAGCUUGUUUUUUGCGCAGUGACCAAAUGAUGUGCAGCUAUUUUCUAACCGCUUGUGAAAAACCAUGUGUUUGUUAUUAAAAUCAAAUUAAAUAAAAUAAAAAUUUGAAUUAAUUAAAAUUAAAAUCGUGAAUGUUGGAAAGAGAAUGAAUGAUAGAGGUUUUUUACCGUAAAUAUUAUUAUUUUUUUUUAAAAACGCACAAGAGACAAAAAAGAAAUCUUUCCUGGACUUUUCUGACGCAGGACACUCGACCAGAGUGAAUCAGUGACGACGUGGACAUCUUCAGCAUCAGCAUUAAUUACAAGAGCUCAAUAUGUUGAGGAGAUUUCUGGUUGGUUACACACACCGACAGGUGGUCAGUGCAUGGCUUCUCUGUGGGUGUAUUUAUCUCUCAGAAUAAUGGCGUCAUCAAAGAGAAUGUCUGUCUCCAUAGAAACGCUCUGUCUCAGAACAUUUAGGACAAAGGACGACCUCGUAACCACUCAACACUCUGAGAGUCAGGACAGAUUUUUCCCACGACAUUGAAUCAGUCACGAAAUGUGUCCGAUAUUUUUCAUGAAUUAUUCUCUGUAAAAUCAGUGAACAUUUGAAAAAACAAUGUUAAAGAAAGGGAUGGAACCUCCCUGGCUCCGCCCCCUUUGUCCAGAUCCACACCCAAAUUUACUGAAUCCUUUCUUGUUCCAACCUUCACCAAGUUUUACUAAUAAUUCUGUUGGUGUUUUUUGACAACUUCCAACUCAAACCAGCUACAAAGGUUUUUGUCUGAUUAAAUCUAAUGAAAUAUGAUCUAAUAAUCAAAAAACAAUAAUUUAAUUCUGGAGAACUCUGACUUUUAACACUUUAAAGACAUCUGCAGGACUUUUAUCUUUUGCGGUGCAACGUUUAUUCUUCCUGUCAGAUCUGAUUGGAUGAGUCUGAUCUUGUGUGUUUACAGUCACUUUUUUAUUAAUAUUAUUAUUGGAAUGUAUGCUCAAUGUCACUUCAGAAGCCUCGCGCUCGACACGCCGCCUCGCGGUUCCUGUAUCUGUGGAAGCAGAAAGGACUGAGUGGUUUGUAGUGUGAGUGACGGCACGCUCGACACUACGUCACGAGAUGGUUGACUUUGUUCUUGCUCUUCAUUCCCGGACGCUCAGUACGAUACUGACUGGAUUCACUUUGUUCUGAUUGGUUGUGUUUCUUGUCGGAGACAGGAAGUGGGUUGCUGUGACUAACACCGUGAUGACGUGAAGAUUGUUCCAUGUUUUCUAUUUUAUUUCUUUUUGUACACGUUGAGGGUUUUUUUCUUCUGUUUUUAUUGAAUUAAUUCAUAUUCGACUAGAUGCACAAAAAUGAAUAUAAAUAAUAAAUAAUUAUGACAUAAAAAGAAUUUCAUAUCGACACGCAAGGCGGCGACUUCACCAAGCUGCGUCCGAUUGGCCAGUGUCACUGCUGUGUGCAUGAUGUCAUCUUUCUUUUUUUAACCUUUAUUUAAAUAGAUUGAUAUGACAACACGGUGUGAGGUCGUGGACAGUGACAGUGAACCACUGAGUGAUGAUGUCAUGAAUAACUACAGCUGUUGUUGUUGUCACAUCUGGAUGCAGGUGAUGUAACAGGUGAUGUAACAGGUGACGUGACUGAUUAACCCUGACUUACAAUAAAGAGUUUCUCUUUUGCUUUGA